CUCUUCUGCAGAUUCAGUGAGGCCAACGAACCUCUCAUUCAGUGCAUGCAGCGGACCCUGGGAAAUGGAGAUCUCGAAAACCAACUGGUUUCCAACAGCAGAGCUCAAUACCCCUCAGGCUAGAAAUCCGUGCUACCCUCCCGUAUCAAUUCUCUAUCGAGGAGUGGGCUUACGCUGAAUAGCUAGCUUCUACCGCCUUCUUUCGGUCGGGCCACAUUCUCUGAGGAGCAGCCACGAUCGCCAAUAGAUCAAGGUCGACGUUUCGACCUCAAAAAGCCCGAAAAUGAACGGAGGAGCUACGUCAGGGCUACCCCUGCUCUACGAGCAGUCUCGGCAGCUCACCAAUCACGUUGUUCGUACCGACGUUCCUCAGCUAGAGCGAACGCUCGACCAGAUUGAUGCUGACUCAAAACGCCUAUUCAAACGAACCACGCGAGUGGCGGAAAUGGGAGCAGCAAGCGGAGCUGGGGGUGCUCAAGCGGUUGGACUCGAUACUCGUGCGAUCUAUCUUCUCGCCAACAAAGGAUUCGACCACGAGAAAGUCCGUCAGACCCUGGACCAGAUUGACCUCACUCAAUCGCUCGAACCUUUGACCGCUGUCGGUGAUACUGAUAUCGAAGGAUACUUGAAGAACGAGUAUCAGAACAUUGUCACGGGAGCCAUAUUGGAUACGAAGCGAGGGACAGGAAAAGCCUUCGAGGAUUCAUUUGAGCGUUUAUUAUAUCGAGACUGGGAGCGCGUUAGGAAGAAGGUCUUUCAAGAAUUGGGACAGCAUCACACGUCGUGGGCAAAUAAAGAUCAAUCAGGUGCAUUCCGAUCAUCGCAACCGAACCGGGACAGACUUAGUGGACAAAGCAUGCCUUCAGCGGCUAGUCUUGGAAAUGCGCUAAAGAAUUACAUGAAUAACCCGCGGUUUGCAGCGUACGCAAAUGCGCUGAAGGAUCUGAACGAGAAGCGCCGGAAGGGACAAGAUAUGGAGUCUAUUAUCGCAUUCUGGGAUGCAGCUCGACGUGUAUGCACAAACGAGCCCCUUCAAGUCCAGGGCGUCAAGUUCUGGGGUUUGUUGUACCGCAUGCUGGGGCAAGAUCCUAGGCACGUGCGAGAUCCCAAAAGGCCAAUGUUGAAAGCACGACAAUUCGCAAAGCUCUACAACGACACAUCAGAUAGCCAGGAAGCGAUUGCAUUCCGGCAGCAACUGGCACAGGGCUCGCGCACAUUUUUGGAAGACGAGUAUCUGGGAUUCCUCAAGGGUCUGCUCCGAAAAGAGCGGGUGCCCCUUGGCGGAACCCCGACGAUUCACGAUGAAGUGCGUGCAUUCUUGCGACAGCGCCUUUUGGGAAAUAGCACGCACUGGGCAGCACCACUGCAAAUCGUGGAAGGACAUCCUUUCUGGGCCCACAUCUAUACCCUUGUUCGUUGCGGGCUAGUGAGAGACGCGAAUGACUUUAUCGAGCGCAACACUGCGUUCUUGCAAUCGGCGUCACCCGACUUCCCAGUAUACUUCAAAGCGUGGAUGCGUGAUCCCUCAAGACGUCUCAGCCCUGAUAUGCGAAACCGGUUACUCAAGGAGUGGAACAGCAAGAUGAGGGAUAAGGCCGCCGUCGCACAAGUGGAUCCAUACAAAAUGGUCUUGUAUAAACUCUUGGGUCGCUGCGACAUGCAGAACAAGAGUGUCAGCCAGCUGCGCGCACUAGAGUCAACGGAAGACUACGUCUGGCUACUGCUCGGGCUCAGCCAAGAACGGGCUUUAGAGUCUGAUCCAACGCAGGACCACUACACGCUUCGCGACGUGGCCCUCCAGCUGACAAAGAGUGGGUCGGGCCACUAUAAGAAUAUUACGUCAUGGAUCCAGGUCCUCAUGCUCGUCGGCGAGUUCGAGUAUGUCGUUGCCGAAAUGAUUGGGCAUGAUGGCUUCUCAGUCGAUGCCAUCUUCUUCGCACUGACUAUGGCGCACUAUGGGGUCCUUCGCGUUCCACCAAACCCGACUGACGUUUACGGCGGGAAGUUCCUCAUUCCCGGAGACACGCUGCAGCGGCCUGGGGGAGCAUACCAGUUGAGGCUCUUCAACCUGCCGCAUAUUGUAAACCAGUGCGUUCACAAUCUUGCUCCCGGCAAUCCACUCGGGGCUUUGCAGUUCGUCCUGUGGCUCGGCUUCCUCGGUUUACCUCUAUCUCAGGAGGAUGCUAAGCGUUUGGCCGGUGGUGGAGACAGCAGCAUCUCCCAAAGCAGCGGCCGAAAAUACACCAGCUACGCUCACAAGCUGAUCAGGGACAUCGUGCUGACAUCCGGGGAGUUCGAGGCAUUGGUCGGAGAAACUCAUCCAAAUGGAACCCGAACCCCCGGAGAAGCCGAGCGAUACCAGAACCUCGUCCACAUUUACAGCACGGAAGAUUUCCGUAAUUUUGUCACCAUCCCCGCCGCUGAUUCUGCCGAACGGGAAGGACGGUAUCAGGAAGCCAUCCUUCUUCUGAACCUGGCAGGUGAACACGGCCGCGUGGUCGAUCUCCUCAACCGCCAACUCAGCGACAGACUGCUCGAACAACGCUACCGCGACGACGCUCGGGCCUCAGGAUCGCAAGAUGCUAGCCUCCACCAAAGCGGACGAGCCGACGUGUUCCCGAAAGAAAGUGACCCCGCCGAACUCGCCCAACAGGUUCUGCAGUACUACCAAGCACACCCGUUCAUGGCGAACAAGAUCGAUCCAGACGCCCGGCAAACCUGCGAGCUCCUGCUGGCUCUCACGCGAUUCAUGCGCGCAUGCACGCGCGGUGCCACCGCCAACGAGGCCCUUCCACAUCUCCUCAAUACUAGUCUCGUCCCUACGCGUACGGACAUGCAGGAGAUCCAGCAAUGUGCCAAUCAGUUCAAGCAUCUCAACGACCUGGUGACGAAAGUCAUGCCGGAUGUGCUAGUCGCUGCGAGCACACUCGUGUUUGAGUCGUAUCAGAGCGUAACGAGGCAGCGCGUCGGGAAUCAUGAGGCGUCCCACCGCGAUCGGCAGUUGACCGAGCUGAAGGAUCUGGCAAAAGCUCUGACCUUGUUUGCCGGGUCACUGCAGUAUAGGAUACCGGGGGACACGCUGACGGCCAUGAACAAGAUGUUGGUGUUGAUGUGCUGAAUGAAGCUGUGGGGUGCAUCAUUGUUUACUCGUGGGCU